CCCCUGGUCUCCUUGUGUCCCACAGAUGGCAUCCACAGCGUCACAGCCCUCUGCACUCUGCGUGUCACCAUCAUUACCGAUGACAUGCUGACCAACAGCAUCACCGUCCGCCUGGAGAACAUGUCUCAGGAGAAGUUCCUGUCUCCACUGCUGUCCCUCUUUGUAGAAGGGGUGGCCACAGUGCUGUCCACCACCAAAGAUGACAUCUUCGUCUUCAACAUCCAGAAUGACACGGACGUCAGCUCCAACAUCCUGAAUGUGACCUUCUCAGCGCUGCUCCCUGGUGGUGCCCGAGGCCGCUUCUUCCCGUCAGAGGACCUUCAGGAGCAGAUCUACCUCAACCGGACCCUGCUGACCACCAUCUCUGCCCAGCGUGUGUUGCCCUUUGACGACAACAUCUGCCUGCGGGAGCCCUGUGAGAACUACAUGAAGUGCGUGUCCGUGCUCAGGUUUGACAGCUCGGCACCCUUCAUCAGCUCUACCACGGUGCUCUUCCGGCCCAUCCAUCCCAUCACCGGCCUGCGAUGCCGCUGCCCACCCGGCUUCACCGGAGACUACUGUGAGACUGAGAUUGACCUCUGCUACUCCAGCCCAUGCGGUGCCAAUGGCCGGUGCCGGAGUCGAGAGGGCGGCUACAGCUGUGAGUGCUUUGAGGACUUCACAGGGGAGCACUGCCAGGUGAACGUCCGCUCCGGCCGCUGUGCAAGUGGAGUGUGCAAAAACGGGGGCACUUGUGUGAACCUGCUCAUCGGCGGCUUCCACUGCGUGUGCCCCCCUGGAGAGUAUGAGCGUCCCUACUGUGAAGUCAGCACCAGGAGCUUCCCGCCUCAGUCCUUCGUCACCUUCCGCGGCCUGCGGCAGCGCUUCCACUUCACCGUCUCCCUCUCGUUUGCCACCCAGGACAAGAAUGCGCUGCUGCUUUACAACGGCCGCUUCAAUGAGAAGCACGACUUCAUCGCCCUGGAGAUUGUGGAUGAGCAGCUGCAGCUCACCUUCUCUGCAGGUGAGACCAGGACAACAGUGACACCGCAGGUUCCCGGAGGUGUGAGUGAUGGGCGGUGGCACUCAGUACUGGUGCAGUACUACAACAAGCCCAACAUUGGCCACCUGGGUCUCCCCCACGGCCCAUCUGGAGAGAAGGUGGCUGUGGUGACCGUGGACGACUGUGAUGCAGCCGUGGCUGUGCACUUCGGAAGCUACGUUGGGAACUAUAGCUGCGCUGCCCAGGGCACUCAGAGUGGCUCCAAGAAGUCGCUGGAUCUGACCGGCCCUCUGCUCCUGGGUGGUGUCCCCAACCUGCCAGAAGACUUCCCCGUGCAGAGUCGGCAGUUUGUAGGCUGCAUGCGGAACCUGUCUGUCGAUGGCAGGAACGUGGACAUGGCCGCGUUCAUCGCCAAUAACGGCACCAGGGCAGGCUGUGCCGCUCAGAAGAACUUCUGCGAUGGGACCUCAUGCCAGAAUGGGGGCACCUGUGUGAACAGGUGGAACACGUACCUGUGUGAAUGUCCACUCCGGUUUGGUGGGAAGGACUGUGAACAAGUUAUGCCACACCCCCAGCGCUUCAGUGGCGAAAGCGUCGUGUCCUGGAGCGACUUAGACAUCACCAUCUCCGUGCCUUGGUACCUGGGGCUCAUGUUCCGGACACGGAAGGAGGACGGGGUGCUGAUGGAGGCCACAGCUGGUGUAUCUUCUAGGCUUCAUCUCCAGAUCCUGAACAGCUACAUCCAAUUUGAGGUGUCCCACGGCCCCUCCGACAUGGCGUCUAUGCGACUGUCCAGGUUUCGUGUGGCUGACGGGGCGUGGCAUCACCUGUUAAUAGAACUGAGAAGUGCCAAGGAGGGCAAGGACAUCAAGUACCUGGCAGUUAUGACCUUGGACUACGGGAUGGACCAGAGCACAGUGCAGAUUGGGAACCAGCUUCCCGGGUUGAAGAUGCGGACCAUUGUCAUUGGGGGCGUGUCUGAGGACAAGGUGUCCGUGCGCCAUGGUUUCCGGGGCUGUAUGCAGGGAGUAAGGAUGGGGGAGACAUCCACCAACAUCGCCACCUUGAACAUGAAUGAUGCCCUCAAGGUCAGGGUGAAGGACGGCUGUGAUGUGGAGGACCCGUGUGCCUCAAGCCCCUGCCCUCCACACAGCCGCUGCCGUGACACCUGGGACAGCUACUCCUGCGUCUGUGACAGAGGGUACUUUGGAAGAAAGUGUGUGGACGCAUGUCUGCUGAACCCCUGCAAGCAUGUCGCGGCCUGUGUGCGCUCCCCUAGCACCCCCCGGGGCUAUGCCUGCGAGUGUGGGCCCGGCCACUAUGGGCAAUACUGUGAGAACAGAGUCGACCUUCCGUGCCCCAGAGGCUGGUGGGGGAACCCUGUGUGUGGCCCCUGCCACUGUGCUGUCAGCCAAGGCUUUGAUCCCGACUGCAACAAGACCAAUGGCCAGUGUCACUGCAAGGAGAAUUACUACAAGCCCCCAGCCCAGGAUGCCUGCCUGCCCUGCGAUUGCUUCCCUCAUGGCUCCCACAGCCGCGCCUGCGACAUGGACAGUGGACAGUGCUCCUGCAAGCCUGGCGUCAUCGGCCGUCAGUGCAACCGCUGCGAUAACCCUUUUGCCGAGGUCACCUUACUUGGCUGUGAAGUGAUCUACAAUGGGUGUCCCAGAGCAUUUGAGGCUGGCAUCUGGUGGCCGCAGACCAAGUUUGGACAGCCAGCAGCAGUGCCAUGCCCCAGGGGGUCCGUGGGAAACGCGGUUCGGCAUUGCAGCGGGGAGAAGGGCUGGUUGCCCCCAGAGCUCUUCAACUGUACCACCGCCUCCUUUGUGGACCUCAAGGCCAUGAAUGAGAAGCUAAGCCGCAAUGAGACACGGAUGGAUGGCGACGGGUCCCUGCGGCUCGUGAAGGCACUGAGGAACGCCACGCAGCACAGUGACACAUUCUUUGGCAACGAUGUGCGCACAGCCUACCAGUUGCUGGCCCGUGUCCUGCAGCACGAGAGUCACCAGCAAGGCUUCGACCUGGCAGCAACUCGUGAGGCCAGCUUCCAUGAGGAUGUUGUCCACACGGGCAGUGCCCUCCUGGCCCCAGCCACCAGGGCCACGUGGGAGCAGAUCCAGCGGAGCGAGGGUGGCGCUGCACAGCUGCUAAGGCACUUCGAGGCGUAUUUCAACAAUGUGGCACGCAACGUGAGGAGAACCUACCUGAGGCCUUUCGUCAUCAUCACUGCCAACAUGAUUCUUGCAGUUGACGUCUUCGACAAGUUUAACUUCACGGGUGCCCAGGUGCCACGGUUUGAGGGCAUUCAGGAAGAGCUCCCCAGAGAGCUGGCGUCCUCUGUGUCCUUCCCAUCUGACACCUUCAAACCAGCCGAGAAAAAAGAGGGCCCCGUGGUACAGCCGGCUAGCCGGAGAUCCACCCCACAGAUGGCACAACCGGAGCCCAGGGCUGGCAGAGAAGUCCCGGUCAGCAGGCGGAGGAGACACCCGGAUGAGCCUGGCCAGUUUGCCGUUGCCCUGGUCAUCAUUUACCGGACCCUGGGCCAGCUGCUUCCUGAGCACUAUGACCCGGACCGCCGCAGCCUCCGGCUGCCUAACCGGCCCGUCAUCAACACCCCAGUGGUGAGCGCCAUGGUGUACAGUGAGGGGGCUCCACUCCCUAGCCCCCUGGAGAGGCCUGUCCUGGUGGAGUUUACCCUGUUGGAAACUGAGGAGCGAAGCAAGCCUGUGUGUGUGUUCUGGAAUCACUCCCUCGAUGUCGGUGGAACAGGAGGGUGGUCAGCCAAGGGCUGCGAGCUGCUGUCAAGGAACCGGACCCACGUCACAUGCCAGUGUAGCCACACAGCCAGCUGCGCGGUGCUCAUGGAUGUCUCCAGACGUGAGCACGGGGAGGUUCUGCCCCUGAAGAUCGUCACCUACGGUGCCCUGUCCUUGUCCCUGGUGGCCCUGCUGGUGGCCUUCAUCCUGCUCUCCCUGGUCCGGACGCUGCACUCCAACAUGCACAGCAUCCACAAGAACCUCAUUGGGGCGCUAUUCUUCUCCCAGCUCAUCUUCAUGGUCGGGAUCAACCAGACGGAGAAUCCGUUUCUCUGCACAGUGGUUGCCAUCCUUCUGCACUAUGUCUCCAUGAGCACCUUUGCCUGGACCCUGGUGGAGAACCUGCACGUCUAUCGCAUGCUGACCGAAGUGCGCAACAUCGACUCGGGGCCCAUGAGGUUCUACCAUGUGGUGGGCUGGGGUAUCCCUGCGGUUGUCACAGGACUGGCAGUUGGCCUAGACCCUCAGGGCUAUGGAAACCCUGACUUCUGCUGGCUGUCCCUUCAGGACACACUGAUCUGGAGCUUUGCAGGGCCUGUCGGAAUGGUGAUAAUUAUCGACACGGUCAUUUCUGUCCUGUCUGCAAAGGUUUCCUGCCAGCGAAAGCACCAUUAUUAUGAGAGGAAAGGGGUUGUCUCCCUGCUGAGGACCGCCUUCCUCCUGCUGCUGCUUGUCAGUGCCACCUGGCUGCUGGGGCUGCUGGCUGUGAACAGCGAUGCCCUGAGCUUCCACUACCUCUUUGCUGCCUUCAGCUGUUUGCAGGGCAUCUUUGUCCUCCUGUUCCACUGCGUGUUCCACAGGGAGGUGAGGAAGCACCUGAGGGCGGUGCUGGCCGGGAAGAAGCUGCACCUGGAUGACUCUGCUACCACGAGGGCCACCCUGCUAACGCGCUCCCUCAACUGCAACAACACAUACGGCGAAGGUCCAGAUAUGCUCCGCACAGCCCUGGGCGAGUCGACGGCCUCGCUGGACAGCACCACCAGGGAUGGAGGAGUCCAGAAGCUGAGUGUGUCCUCUGGACCUGCACGUGCUGGCCAUGGGGAACCAGAUUCAUCCUUCCUUCCCAGGAGCUCCAAGAAACCCCAUGGCCCUGACUCUGACUCUGACAGUGAGCUGUCCUUGGAUGAGCAGAGCAGUUCCUAUGCCUCCUCACAUUCAUCAGACAGUGAGGACGAUGGUGAGGAGGCUGAGGACAAAUGGGAUCCCUCUGGAGGCCCCGUCCACAGCACCCCCAAAGCAGAUGUUCUAGCCAACCAUGUCCCAGCUGGCUGGCCUGAUGAGAGCCUGGCUGGGAGUGACGGUGAAGAGCUGGACCCUGAGCCCCACCUGAAGGUGGAGACCAAGGUCAGCGUGGAACUGCAUCGACAGGAGCAGGGCAGUCACUGUGGUGACCGACCCCCUGACUCAGAAAGUGGGGUCCUGGCAAAGCCUCUGGCCGUGCUCAGCAGCCAGCCCUCGGAGCAGAGGAAAGGCAUCUUGAAAAACAAAGUCAGCUACCCGCCACCGCUGCCCGAGCAGCCGCUGAAGUGCCGGCUUCGAGAGAGGCUGGCCGACUGUGAGCAGAGCCCCUCGUCUUCUCGAACAUCCUCCCUGGGCUCUGGUGAUGGGGUCCGAGCCACCGACUGUGUCAUUACCAUCAAGACCCCCAGGAGAGAGCCAGGUCGCGAGCAUCUCAAUGGCAUGGCCAUGAACGUGCGUACAGGGAGCGCCCAGGCCAAUGGCUCUGACUCAGAGAAACCGUGAAGCACAAUCGACCCUAAAGACGGCCAGUCGUCAGGCCCUUGGACCUCGGAACCUCAGGCUGCCACCUGAGGGGCUAAGCAGACCCUGGGUGUGAGGGUCCCUGCAUGUGAGGGUCCUUGCAGUGGCAGCUCCACACAGAAGGUCAAACAUGAAAGUCUUGGCCUCGCUGGGGCUUAGGACCCACCAGAUCCUGUGACAAGUGCCAAAGCCACAGGCAUGUCUUGAGGGAGACAUGGACUUCAGGCCGGCACAGC